AUGCACAGUCGUUUUUGGCAUUCGAUCUGUGUGUUAGCCAUAGUACUGCACCAUGGGACUCGGGCAGCUGAUCUCUCGCGUUCUCAGACGCACGUGCUCCGGUUGAGAGGAGGCGGAGACAGGAGGAUGGACGCGCGAGAAAACUAUCCCAUGAACAUGCGGCAGCAGAACCCGAACAUAGGCCAGUAUGCUGAUGUUUACGGCAAUGGAGAGCAGUGGCAAAGGCGAGAGGCGCCAUGGCAACAGGGAGGGAUGCAGCACCCUAUGAAUCAGCCGCCCAUGAGCAGCAUGGGCAUGUUCAAGCAGAACGAUCCGAAUGCGAUGAUGGACAGCUUCCAGCAAGGGCUUCCUCGCCAGAGGGGUCACAUCGAGAGGAUGGAAAGCAACAACCCUGCCAUGUUCUCCAACGCAAAUCAGUACAGACAGGCCGGGGCAGGCAUGUCGCGAGGUGUAAUGCCCGGGUACCAGGAGAUGAACCCGAUGCAGCCAUCGAUGAACUUCCGUGGCAUGCAGCCCAUGUAUCAACAGGAAGUGCAAGACUUCAACAUGAUGCCGUCUCGUGCUCCUCAGCAACAUGGCGGUCGGGAAUUCUUUGCUGAGUACCAAAGACGCCAGAUGCAGGCAAACGAAAACCUGGUUGAACCCCCUCGGCGAGAGAGAGAUCGUCCUGAAUUUCGAGACCGGCAGAUGAUGCAAGACAAGGGGUUGAACCCGAUGGGGGCAGUGCAGCAGUCAUACUCCCACAGGAAAGAUUUCUAUCAAUCAAAGAAUGACGGUGGGACGCAACCGCGGCCACCAUACCAGAGGUAUAGGCCGGGAAUGGUGCAGGCCCCUGGUGUCUACAAAAAGAAGACACAUCCCUUACACUAUCCUGAUAGAGUAGCUGCUAUGAAACAGGUGGAUCUGAUUGUUACAUAUCGAUCCCAGUCAGGAGGAUCGACGCCGCUCUAUUCCAAAUCUUCGAAAGCUCCUCCUCGCGGACAAGGGGCGCUUGUUCCUUCUGUGAAGCGAAACUUUACAGCAAUGGGACUGUCCAACUUUAUCUGGGCAAUCGGCAAGACUGGGUUCCGGGACUCGGUCAGGAUCCAACAGAUCUGCGACAUCCUCGAGCUUGCUGGUGAUCCCGCGGCCCCCAUCGAUGGCGAAGCUGAAGAUCAGCCGCCGCUUCACGUCGAUCAUUUCAAUGAGAUGGACCUUUGCAAUUCCUUGAUGGGUCUGACAGCUGUCAACGAGGGCUAUGAAAAUAAAGUUGGGCUGAAGCUCAUCGACAUGCUUUUCUCCCGCAUCUUUCAACCCUCCAUCUUUGGCAAGAUGAACCUCGUGUACGUCGCCCAGAUAGCACACGCGAUCAUCAAGUUAGAACGGACCUGGUGCCCCUACUUAGCCCCGAGCUUGAAGAGAAUGGAGGAGGAGCUCUCAAACACGAGCGCCGAGUUCCAAAACUUCACCACGAGGAAGCAGACGUCGAAUGGGGAAGAUGAAUUCCGCCGUGACCUCGGCGAGCCCAUCGAGUUUGGGCAGAGUAUGGAGGACUCGGCGGAUCCGUCCGUCCUGCCCUCCAACUCCUCGAGCGAAUCAGACAUCUACCUGCGCUUCUUGGACUACAAGUUCUUCAACGACCGUCGUUCCCUCCUUCAUGUUGCCAGUACCAUGUCCAUUCUUUCUUUCUCGGACAAGUGGAAGCAGCACAGAUGCACUUUCCACUACUCCGUGAGACAGUCGACCUCUGCAGCAGGUAGGAAGAGGUGGUUGGAGAAGCUCGGGUCAGCGAGGAGGCAACAGGGAGGGUUCGAGGACGAGCCGAGAGGGGAGCGGGGGCGAGACUGGAUCUCACUGGCAUGCAGAGACGUAGCGAUGGCACAGAACGAGGACCUGUGGAAGGUCCUGUGCGCAAGGGCGGAGCAGUUCUGGAUAAAGUCGGAAGGGGAUGGACUGAAGAACGCAGCAAGUAUGUGCCAGCUAGCACAGGAGAACAUCCUCAACCUGACGGGGAGGAAAAACGAAGACCUCGAGCGGUGCAUUUCAGCCAUUCAAACUCGCACACAGCAAGCAGUUUGUACAUAA